AUGACUAAUUCAGGCAUGUAUGUCAAAAUGACAAAGAUCUCUGAAAUUACCAGUGGAAAAAUUGAUUUUCAACUCAGGGUACGGGUGAUCAAUUUGUGGUCCACCCCAGAUCGUGCUAAUCCUACUGAAGAUGGGGCUCUCCACAUGAUUUUUCUUGACAAGGAUUGUGGAAAGAUAUAUGCAACAGUUAGGAAAGAUUUGCUAGCUCAGUUCAAAGAUGACAUUGAGGAGGGAGCUGCUUAUGUUAUGGAAAGGUUCAUGGUUGCUAAGAAUGACUCUUCUUUCAAAAGCACACCUCAUAAGCAUAAACUCAAUUUUAUGCGUGGUACUAAACUCAUUAAAGUAAAAGCUACUGAAAUACCAUCAAACCAUUUCAAUUUCAUGCCUUUUCAUGAAAUUCUCACCUCUACUAAAGAGGAUCAGAUCCUUGAUGUUAUUGGUCAUGUUGUUGAGAAGAAUGCCAUGAAAGAAACUGAGAAAAAUGGCAAGACAAGUAAAGUCAUGGAUGCUACUCUCGAAGAUUUAGAAAUGAAUGUUGCGAAUGUGGAAUUAACACAAGUAGUGAGUCAGAUGUCUGGACCAACUUUACUAAGUAUUGGCGAUGAUUUAUUGCAAACACCUAGGAUGACAAUCGAGGAUCUCAUUGAAUCCACUGAGAAAUGCUAUGGUUCCGUUUUGGCAUGGGCUUGUGAGUUUGAUAUGGAUGCUGGUUGGUUUUACCAAGCCUGUACUAAGUGUGCUUCUAGGAUCAGUUUUGUUGCAGGCCAACUAUAUUGUGACAAGUGCAAAAUGCCAAGAACUGCCAUACCAAGAUACAAGGUCAACCUCCAAGUGAUUGAUAAUACAGGUUCCAUUACUUUUGUUAUGUUCGAUCGUGUGGUUUUCCAGGUUGUAGGGCUCACAGCACAGGAUUUGCUAGACUCUAUGAAUAAUGAUCCUAACUCUACUGCUUAUCCACAAGCCCUUGAUGUGUUUAUCAAUAAGCAAAUGCUAUUCAAGGUUGAGGUGUCUGACGCCAAUUUGUAUCGUAAUUGGCGUGCUUAUACUGUGAAAAAAGUGACUGCUGAUGAGGAUAUUAUAAAGAGUUUCUGUGCACUUCAUGGAAUAGAAAUGGAUGACCAUGUUGAAGAUACCACCUUUGAGCAAUUUGUAUGUGAUUUGGGGGAUCAUAGUCCUUUGGUUGCACUUGAUGGAGUUGAGUCAAGCAAUAAUGUCCAUGACAAGGUUUCUACUUCAGUUCAGACUCCAACCAGUAAGUUAACAAUCAAAGAUGCAUCUGUCAUUGAUAAAGGUGGUCCUUCCUCUUCUGAGAAGCCAACUGUCCAGAGGGCUAUUGAACUUGGUGAGGAUGAUGUGACUCUAAUUGGUUCAGUUGAUCCACCAACUAACAAGUCAAAGGGAAAAGAAGUUGCUGAAAUUGGUGGAGUCAAGCUUAUCCCCACAAAAGAAACUAAGCUAUUUGAUCUUUCAAAUAAUAUAAACUGUUAUCAAGUGGAUCAUCAGAUUGACAAUGAUGCAUGGCUUCACUGUGAAAUUGAUGGUGAUCAAGUGAUGUGUGAAUCUAAUACCGAGCAUUUUGAUGUACCUUAUGAUUCAGAUGAGAUUUUGUUUAGCCAGUCUUCUCUUAAUAUAGUUGAUCAUACCACAAUAAGUUUCAGGUAUGACUCUAUAUUUGCCUUAUUUCUUUUGCAUGUUAUGGUCAGUAACAACAAUGAUAUCUCACUUCACUCUACAGUCAUUGAUGGUUUCAUGAGCUGUGAAUCUAACAUGGAACAGCUGGAUAUACCAUCUCAUUCAGGUGCUCAUUACUACAACCAUGUAUCUGAAAUGAUGUGUACAACUAAUUCCGAACAAACUGAUAUACCCUUUAACUAUGACGACGAGGAUUUAUUUAACUCAAACAAUGAUUUGCAGUUUGACACACAAUCUCAUUAUGCGGUUACCGCCGAAUAUUUUAAUAUCGGUCAGCCAAAUUGUAUUUGUAGAGAUUGUGGCGCAAUUAUGUGGUAUGAGGAACGCUUGAAGAAUAGUUCUAGGAAAAACUUGAAGUUUACACUCUGUUGUAGCCAGGGGGACAUAGAGCUUGCAUCUUACAGCCCUUUGCCUGAGCCACUACGUUCUUUGUACCAUGGUGGUGAUGGUAGGAGUAAAUUUUUUCUUGAAAAUAUAAGAUCUUUCAAUAGUAUGUUUGCUUUUACAUCUAUGGGAGGCAAGAUCAACACCGAUAUGAACAAUGGGAAUGCACCUCCUGCUUUUGUAUUGAAUGGUGAAAAUUAUCAUCUAAUCGGAAGUCUCCUUCCAUUGCCAGAGAAGCCACCUAAGUUCGCCCAGUUGUACAUAUACGACACUGAUAAUGAGAUUUCUAAUAGAAUGGCCGCCGUUGGCAUGUCAGAUGAUUCCACAUGCUUGAGAUCAUCCAUUGUUAGAGGUAUCAGAUAUUCUCUGAACAAUUGCGGUAAUCCUUAUGUCCGGACAUAUUCCAUCAUACGGGAUACCAUUCAUUCACAAGGAACUCCAACGGUUAAGUUACGCAUUUUGGGCAAGAGAGGUAGUGACGGAAGAAGAUAUAAUCUGCCAUCUGCUUCCGAAGUUGCUGCUUUGAUUGUUGGUGAUUUUGAUGCCGCUGACUUUGAUAGAGAUGUCAUUGUUCAAACACAAUCUGGACUUCUGAAACGCAUAUCCACUUUCGAACCAGCUUAUUGGCCCUUGCAGUAUCCAUUAUUGUUCCCCCGAGGCGAGGAUGGAUACAGGAGAGACAUUAAAUUCAGAGAUAAACCAGGCAAGUCUGCGAGGAAAAGACAGUUCAUCACUCACUUAGAGUGGGUUGGUUAUAGAAUCCAACAGAGACGUAGAGAUGAGUCCACAAUUGUUUUUUCUAGAAGAUUGUUUCAUCAAUUUCUGGUUGAUUCUUUUAGUACAAUAGAAUCCGAUCGAUUGAGAUACAUGAGAGAUCAUCAAAAAGAUUUGAGGUCCUCCAUGUAUAAGGGAUUAACAGAAGCCAUUCUUAAUGGAGAUUGUGAUGCAAAUACUACAGGAAAACGGAUAGUUUUACCCGCAAGUUUUGUUGGCGGAGCAAGAUACAUGAUACAAAACUAUCAAGAUGCAAUGGCCAUUUGUGCUUGGGCUGGGUAUCCUGAUAUAUUUAUCACUUUUACUUGCAACCAUAAGUGGCCAGAAAUCGUUGAUUUUUUGAAAGUACACAAUCUUAGACCAGUAGAUCGUCCGGACUUGAUAAGUAGAUUGUUUAAGAUUAAACUUAACCAACUCAUAAAAGACAUUAAGGAAGGGAGUAUUUUUGGAAAGGUUAAAGCAGUAGUUUACACAAUUGAGUUCCAAAAGCGUGGUCUUCCACAUGCUCACAUUUUGGUUUUCCUUCAUCAAAUACAUAAAAUUGUUCAGCCAGCCGACAUAGAUAAAAUAAUAUCUGCUGAGAUUCCGGAUAUCAAUCAAGAACCAGAGUUGUUUGGCAUUGUGUCGGCACUCAUGAUCCAUGAUCCAUGUGGUGAACAGAAUAAGAAAUCUCCUUGUAUGCAGAAGGGCAGGUGUGCCAAAUACUUUCCCAAAAAAUUUGCUGGCAAUACAGUCAUUGAUUCCGAGGGUUAUCCUGUGUAUCGAAGGAGGGACAAUGGUGUAUAUGUUCAAAAGGGUGAAUGUUUUGCUGACAAUAGGUUUGUUGUUCCAUAUAACAAAAAAUUGCUACUGAAGUACAAUGCUCACAUCAAUGUUGAAUGGUGCAACCAAUCUCGAUCCAUAAAGUAUCUUUUCAAGUAUGUUAACAAAGGACAUGAUCGCGUAACCGCUGGAUUCUAUGGUGGUUCGAAUGAAGGAGAUGGCGAUCGAGUUGUUGAUGAGAUAAAGACCUAUUACGAUUGUCGUUAUCUGUCGGCAUGUGAAGCUGUCUGGAGGAUUUUUGUAUUUGAUGUAAACUAUAGGGAACCAUCUGUUGAACGACUAACUUUUCACCUCGAGGAUGAGCAACCUGUUAUUUUUCCUGAUGAUGCUUCAAUUGAAGAUAUUGUUGAUAAACCAUAUGCUAAAUGUACUAAAUUCAUAGCAUGGAUGGAGGCCAAUAAACAAUAUCCAGAAGCACGCCAAUUAACAUAUGGCGAAUUCCCUUCUCGAUUUGUAUGGAAUAAGUCAGGUCGACGAUGGACUCCACGCAAACAAGGGUUUUCAAUUGGAAGGAUUCACUUUGCUCCUCCCGGAUCCGGGCAAAGAUUUUACUUGAGGACACUUUUGAACUAUGUCAAGGGGCCAACUUCGUUUGAUGAGUUAAAGACAGUUAAUAAUGUUACAUAUAGCAGUUUCAAGGAUGCCUGUUUUGCACUAGGACUUAUGGAUGAUGAUAGGGAGUUUGUUCAUGCAAUCAAGGAGGCAAGCUAUUGGGGUACUGGUAUUUUUUUACGGAGGCUAUUUGUAGCCAUGCUCCUUUCAGAGCAGCUCCAUCGACCCAGUUUUGUUUGGGACAAUACAUGGGAGCAUUUGAGCGAUGAUAUACAGCAUCGCCAGCGGCGAUUACUCCGGCUACCAGACUUGGUGUUGACUUCAGACCAAUUGAAAAGUUACACUUUAGCGGAGAUUGAAAUUUUAUUGCAAAGUAACGGCAAGAGCUUCAAUGAUUUUCCUGAUAUGCCACAACCAGAUGCCGGAUUAGUUCCAGAUAGAGGGAAUAGAUUGAUUUACGAUGAGCUAAAUUAUGAUACUGAAUUACUUGCUCAUGAGCAUCGUAAGUUAAUGUCAACCAUGACAACUGAGCAACGAAAGAUAUAUGAUAGGAUAAUGUCAAGGGUUCAGGAAGAUAAACCGGGUUUUUUUUUCCUAAACGGCUAUGGGGGAACGGGAAAAACGUAUGUUUGGAGAGCUUUGUCAGCAGCAUUGAGGUCAAAGGGUGAGAUCGUCCUAACCGUGGCAUCAAGUGGUAUAGCUGCAUUACUAAUUCCUGGAGGUAGAACUGCUCAUUCACGGUUUGCGAUCCCUCUAAACGUCAACGAAUAUUCGACAUGCCAAAUAGGUCCGAAAGAUCAUCUUGCGCAGUUAAUUCAUCGUGCCAAGUUGAUCAUAUGGGAUGAGGCGCCUAUGAUGCACCGACAUUGUUUCGAAGCCGUCGAUCGUACUUUGAAGGAUAUUAUGCAAGAGAAGCGGUUUCCCUUUGGAGGAAAAGUUGUCGUCUUAGGUGGGGAUUUUCGCCAGAUACUCCCGGUAAUACCUAAAGGUACACGACAUGAGAUAGUUCAUUCUGCCAUAAAUUCAUCUCCACUCUGGUCCUUUUGUGAGGUUCUUACUUUGACAACUAACAUGAGACUCCUUGCCGGAUGCACAAAUUCAGAAAUUGAUAGAAGGAGACAUUUUUCGGAGUGGAUCUUGGGAAUUGGUGAUGGGAGUAUUGGAAAUGCGGAUGAUGAGUGUAUCACUGUGCAGAUUCCAAAAGAUUUGUUGAUUGAUGAUUUUGACGAUCCCCUUGCUAAUAUUGUAAAGAGUACAUACCCAAAUUUGUUAGACAAUAUGAAUAACUCAUCCUUUUUCCGUGACAGGGCUAUUCUGGUUCCAAGGAACUCGGUUGUUGAUAGUGUAAAUGACUACAUCUUGAAUAUCGUACCAGGUGAGGAAAAAGUUUACUUGAGUUAUGAUUCUCCUUGCAAUGACACUUCCCGGGUCAAUACCCCUGACGAUGUGCAUACACCUGAAUUCCUAAAUACCAUUGUUUCUUCUGGAAUACCAAAUCAUAAAUUAAGGCUAAAAGUGGGAGUUCCAAUUAUGCUCAUGCGGAAUAUGGAUCAAUCUUGUGGAUUGUGCAAUGGGACAAGGUUGAUAGUAACUAAAAUGGGGACUUAUGUUAUUGAGGGAAUAAUUAUAUCUGGUAGCCAUAUUGGUGAACGAGUUUUCAUUCCAAGAUUGUCGUUGAUUCCUUCCGAUAAGAGGCUCCCUUUUAGAUUCCAACGCCGGCAAUUUCCGUUAAGUGUGUCAUACGCUAUGACUAUCAACAAGAGUCAGGGUCAAUCACUCAAACAUGUCGGGGUAUAUCUUUCUCAACCAAUAUUUUCUCAUGGACAGUUGUAUGUUGCGCUAUCAAGAGUUACAUCCGAUAAGGGGUUGAAAAUACUAAUAGCUAAUGAAGCAGACAAAGAUCUAGGGACAACUCGAAAUGUCGUUUACAAAGAAGUGUUUCGAAAUAUUUAG